AAAUGAGAUAAUUGAGGAACGUACCUCGCGAGUGGCCAUCCCGCCACUGCAACGAGGUCAAAAGCCCAGAGAUCAUGAAAGAGGAGAUGAAAUACCGUUGGAUUACGAAAUGAUUAAAGACGAUGGUGGUUUCGAAUAUGGUCAACAACCCCAGUUUGAAGAAGUCACGGAAAGUGCACAAACAUCACCGUUAUCUGCAUGGGAUAAAGUUCGCGAAAGGGCCAAAACAGAUAGGAAACAGAAAAAUUCAACAAAUGCGGAUGAUUAUUCAUAUAUCAAUAAAUCGCAACAAACUUUGGGUAGACGUGACGAAAAUAUCAAUGAUGGCUUCAUGGAGGAUACAACUUUUAACCUUCCAAGGACACGAGAGGAGCUUGAGGAAAUUAGCCGUAGUGGUAAAAUUAGGACAAAUCAAUAUGGAGAUCCCGAAAUUCGUUAUGAAUGA